AUGGCCAGGCCCUUCCCGAGGAGGGAGGGUGCCGGAUUUUCCCCAGGCGUGGCCCGGGGUAUAAAGCGCGCCGCAAGCCGGCUGCAGCCAGGGCAGCCACGGGUACGCCGGGACCUCCAGGUGCGCCGCCGCGGAGCCCGGAGCCCAGCCCCCGCUGCGAUGGUGAGCCGCUCCUCUCCCCGCCCUCCCGCCUGGACGGCGCCACCCGGCCUGCCGCCCGACACCCAGGCUGAGGACGUCGCGGCAGGGUCCGGGAAGCCGCCCAAAUCUGGGGGCAAAAGGGAGCCAGGAGCCCAGACCCCCCCGGGCCUCCGUUUCCCCACCUGUAGAGGGAGGCUACGUCCCCCCGCCCGCUUUCCACAGGGAGCAGAGCCAGCGGCAGGCAGGGCGGGGCCCCUCCCCGGGGCGCCGCUGACCCCCCACCGCCUGGUCCACCAGCCCCUCCGUGUCCUCCUGCUCCUGCUCUGGCCGCCCACCAGCCUGGCUCUCCACAGCCCCCCACUCCGGCCGGGGGCCCGCACCCACACAGCCGGGACCCCGCGCUGCUACUCGGCGGCGGAGCUGCCCCUGGGCCACGCCCCUCCCCACCUGCUGGCUCGAGCGGCCAAGUGGGAGCAGGCGUUGCCAGUGGCGCUGGUGUCCGGCCUGGAGGCGGCGGGCCGCCGGGGCCGGCACGCGGGGCCGCCGGCCGGGAACCAGUGCCCCGUGCUGCGCCCCGAGGAGGUGCUGGAAGCUGACGUCCACCAGCGCUCCAUCUCGCCCUGGAGAUACCGCGUGGACACGGACGAGAGCCGCUACCCCCAGAAGCUGGCCUUUGCCGAGUGCCUGUGCAGGGGCUGCAUCAGCGCCAAGACAGGCCGCGAGACAGCUGCGCUCAACUCGGUGCCGCUGGUCCAGAGCCUCCUGGUGCUGCGCCGUCGGCCCUGCUCCCGGGAUGCGGCGGGGGUGCCCACGUCCGGGGCCUUCAGCUUCCACACCGAGUUCAUCCGAGUGCCCGUGGGCUGCACCUGUGUCCUGCCCAGGUCGGCCCGGUGA